CCCAGCUCUCUGAAGUUUCAGUCUAUGAGUAAGACUCUCGUGGCCAUCACGUUGGCAUGAGAGCACUACGCUAGCUGCUAUGUUCACAAUGCUGUCUAGUGCAGUCUCUUGCUGUUGAGAGGCUCCAUCUUUUCAUGUUGCGAGGUGGUCCGAAGUAGGCAGCGGGCUUUUGUGGCUCACACUUGAGGGCGGUGAUAGAAAGCAUGGCAUCUGUAAAGAUAUCGCCAGCUAGAGCUAGGGCUAUCAGCGAUCCGCUGCAAGUAGGCAAGACUCGUCUGCAAGCACGUUUCGGUGUGCAGUCAAAUUACGGGCCUCAGAGGGGGAUUGGAGGCACGUGCCACUUUCAGGUGCCACAUGCUAUGUAUCCACAUUCUCGUUACCUUCCACCAAACAAAGCUGUGGAAUCUGAAGCUGUACAACUUCCCCUUUAUAUCAGCUCUGAACAUCGCACAGCUAGUCUCCGGCCAAAAAGCCAACCUUAUGAUCUCAAAAGGUUGCUAGCAAGGUCUCGUGGGGCUUUCGGAGGGCGGCACCAGCAGGAUCGAAGCUGCAAGGCUGCGGGGGUUGAACCUGUAAACACAGAGCAAGAGACAGAGCAUGUGGAAGGAGAAGAGGGCAAUAUCUGGCUGCUAAAGGAGUGGAAAAUCACAAUCGAUGCGCUUGUCGCUGGACAGCAGAUCUGUAUCCUCCGGAAAGGUGGGAUCCAUGAGAGGGCUUUCGCCCUCCCCUCCUCCGAGUUCCUUUUCUUCCCCAGCUUCUUCCACGCCACCCCAAGCAUGCUGAAACCCGAGUUUGUGGAGCAACAUUCGGCGGCGCUAAAAAUCCCUCCGGAACGGCCGUUGGGGGCCGUCGUUGAGAUCUCAGCAUACGCCCGUUGCACCGGCUUGUGGAGCACCAAGGAUCCCGACAUUUUGAGCAACCUAAAAGAUCUGCACAUCUGGUCUGACGAGUUCCUUCACAAGCGGCUCGGCUGGAAGAUGGACCGCCCUCUUUCGAUUCUCGAGCUUCGAGUGACGCCGCUGUUGUGGCCCAUCCAACUCGAGUACGCGCAAGAGCAUGGCGGCUGCAAAAGCUGGAUUCCCCACCACACAGGAACGUUCAACGGACAGAUGAGGACUGGCGCGCCGGCACUGAACGACACAGAGUUUGCCGAAGCGCAGCGGCGCUUGCGGGAACGAUUAAAGGGCGUCGAAGGGGACUGGCAUACCGUCUGAGUUUGGGGUCGAUCGCUCUGUAGAAUUGCUUUUGGCUACCGUCUGAGCCCGAAGGAUGUGUACAUAUACUUGCAGUAGUUUUAGCAGCGGUUCGGUCGUCUCACAGGUUUCGAUGCGUUCGCGAACGAAGGCAUCGUAGAAGGAACUUAGUUGGCCUGUAGCAUGUGUAAUAGCUCAGCGAAUAUACAGUAGGCGGAUGCCACAUGCAGGAUCUUCAAGAAGAGCAGCUCUGAGCCUAGUCGGCAUGUCAGCCCAUGCAGGUUGGACGGUCGCACCUGCAGAGGGCCGCACGACUGCUGUACCGUCAUGUACGGACACAUACUGAUAAUUGGCCGCAUUAUACUCAAACAGCUUGCUCAGGCUGUGGAUAUAUAGCUUCUUUUAACCUUAGAAGAUUAAUCAGCACAAGGCGCAUGCAAGAACCUACGUCGUUUGAGCAUUCCAUUAUUAUAAGAUCGUCG